AUGACCUACACCAGAGAUAUGUACGGCAUGCCGUCGCCCAAGCUUGGUGAGCGAACCGGGUACUUCCAAUGCAAGGAAAAGCCUGCUGGCGCUCUCGCCGCCUCCUGCAUCGUUCAGAAGUGCUGGGAGGAACUCCAUGCCGCUCAGGAGGAAGAGUACAGAAUUGCUGUAAAGAUCUUCCAGGGUGAGAUGGACAAGAGCCCCGUCAAGAAGAGCGGCCCCAAGAUGCGCAAGUUUCUGCGCACGAUUGGUUUCGGCUGGAAGAUCAGACGUGAGGACGUCACAGCAGAGGACAAGGCCCAUGCCGUCUUCCCUGAUUAUGAAGAGCUUGAUGACGAGGAGUACAAUCGCCGUGCUCAGGUUGUUCCCUACCCUUACCACACUCCUGCCUCGAAGAGAGCUUUCGAUGUUGAAAUGGCUUUCCGCGAACAGAGAAGAGCACAGCAGUUUGCCGAGAGGUUUGGCAUCAACGACUCCGAGAGCAGUGACUCUGAGAGCGAAGCCGAAUCCACCAUCUCUGACAGCUGCAAUUGUGCUACUCUGCUCAACAAUCUUGUGCAGCAUCUCUGUCGGUUGUACGACCAGCAACUGAGUCCCAUCAUCGAGCAGCUCGACGCGCUUCCCGAGAUCGACGGUAACUGCUAUGAUGAUGCCCAAUUCGGCCACCUAAUCCUAAGGCUUGUCGAGACUCGCGAGGUCUAUCUUGGUGGCCUCUCUAUGGUAGUAGAAAUCGCCGAAUUUAGCCAUGACUCUGGUCACUUGGCUACCACAUGGUCCCAGGCUGAGUCCAGUAUCGAACUGCAUCGACGUGGGGAUCUUGGUCCAAUCAAUGUCGGCGACCCACACCACGACGCAUAUUUGUGGUUCUAUAUCUGCCUGAAGAACGGCAGCUCUUUGGCCGAAGUCAUGGAGCGUGAGCUUUACGUUCGCUCUGGCAUUGCUGAGAGAAAGCACACCACUCCUCUUGUGCCAGAUGUUCAAGCUUGUCACAACGAGGCCGCGGAUGGCUUUUCCGAAGGUAUCCGUUCUCCCUCAAACAACGAUCAGUCUGGUCAGCCUGAACGUACAGAGGACAACAAGAACGUUUCUGAGGAUGCCCAUGAUGCUGACGGCGACAAUUCCGACGGUAUCAAGCGCAGAGACUUCGCUGACGGCAACAAGUCAAGAGCCAAGAAGAAUUAUAUGGCUCGCAUUCGCUUUCAGCCUGACGUCCCGCCCAGAGCCAGACUUGAAGUAAAGCAUAUGGACACUCAGUAUGCUUAUUACGAAAACAUGUCGGAGGAAGAGGAACGUUUCGUUCUCUGGAAGCGCCGCGAAGCAAAUCGACUCGCCAGAGAGACUGCCGAGAGCAAAGAAAUCCGCGAGCAGAGACAAGUCCAGCAGAUCCAGGAGGCCAACGAUCGCAUGAUCUGGCUCACAACUCGUGCCUCAGACGUCUUUGAUCUCUCGCCUCGCACGGCUCGUCCAGGACCUGCUUCACAGUAUGCUCCGCCUGAGUGGCCUGGUGAGCAGACAAACAACAACGAGCUCCCGUCUGGCAGCUUUGACUACAGCAAGAUGAAGUGCUUCUCUGCAGGUCCUCAUCAUCAGGCCCCCGAAGAUGAUCUUCCAGAGCUUGCUCCUGACAACAUCUCUCGCGCAGCAUCUCUGCUCGCUCACGCUAUCCUCGAAAAUGGUCUAGUAGUACGCACACAAGACUGGAGUUUCUGA